AUGGACAACAGACCUGCCUCGGAGUACGCGCAGUCAGGUUUGCAUUUUCCGUAUUCACCGUCUGCCGCGACGCAUUCUGAACCCUCAGUUGCAGACCAGGCUUCUGCUGCUGCCACUGCUCAAUACACGCCACAACCUGAGGUUCGCCCGGCUCCUCAAUACACACCGCAAUCCGACGUUCGUCCCGCCGCCAAUAUUUCGUCGUCCAACACUCCGCAGUCAGACUACGGUCUGAACCAGCCGCCUACCGCGCGCUCUCCUUAUCCGGAAUACCUUGCCCGUCCACCUCAGUACCACCACGCUCCGAACACCCAAGCUGGUGGCGCGGCAGGUAUGGCUCAAGCAUCAAGUCCGUCUAUGACCACCCUCAAUGGGCAACAUGACCCUCGCAAUCUCUCCAGCAUCAAGUCUGACGCGGACGUUCCUAUAGAUCCCUCCAUCGCGGCAAACAGCCCCACCUACCCUCCUCCCUACUCGCCCUAUCAACCUCAGGGCCACGAUAUGACCCAGUACCAAGGUCACCCUCACCCGCCGCCUCCUCAGAUGUAUGCGCAUCCGCGCCCAGACUGGGGACAUCAAUAUGGUCAGCACCAGCAUGGUCUGCCUGGGCCUUAUAGUACCCCUGCAACAACGGUUGGUUCCGCCUCUCCUGCUGCGACCGCAGGGCCGCGCCCUGGUCAGGUCUACUCUUUCGUUCCCAUUCCUGGCGCGCAACAGCACAAGCGACCGCGCCGCCGCUAUGAGGAGAUUGAGCGUAUGUACAAAUGUGGAUGGAAUGGCUGUGAAAAGGCCUACGGCACACUGAACCACUUGAACGCACAUGUUACAAUGCAGUCCCACGGAGCCAAGCGAACUCCAGAAGAAUUCAAGGAGAUCCGCAAGGAAUGGAAGGCCCGGAAGAAGGAGGAAGAAGCCCAGCGCAAGGCUGCUGAGGAGCGCGAGCGUGCUGCUGCUGCUCAGGCGGCUCAGGCCAACCAGGUUGAAGCUCCCGGUCCUGCUGAUCCAUCUCAGGCAGCUCAGCCUCCUGCCUACGCUGGUGGUGUUCGUCCUCAAUUGCCGCCGAUUGGGUACCAGCCCGCUGACGGUCAGGUACCUGGUCAGUAUGGUGCUCCCGGAGCCGGUGGUAUGGUUUACCAGGGCAAUGGCCAGAUGGCAUACCCUCCAAACUACCCCCACUCGCCUUACGGACAGAGUGGCCAAGUGUAUCAGCAACGUAAGUAG